UUGCUCUUCAGGAAGCUUCCUUCUUGCUUACUUUAUUUUAAAGCUUUGAAACCUCCUUUCUCCAGAUUUCUAUCAUGAAGCCUGUUGCUCAUAUCCUGGCUGCAGCGGAAUACGGCAGAUGAAAUGUUGUUUCCUACCUGAAAUCAGAAACCGGAUGACCAGAAUGCUACCCUGGUUUUAUUAGAUCUUCCUGAAACAGAAGCAAUGCUAUGAGGGAACUUCUUGGAGCAGUUCGGCUGAGGUCAUCCUGAAGAGAUCACGUCACUAUAGCAUUUACCUAAAAUAUUUUCUAAAGGAAUGGCAAUAAACAAGAGGAUCUUGACCAUCUUAGUCCUCCUGGUAACACUGCUCGUCUUGGAAAAAGGAAACUUCAACUUUCAUUUUCACUCUCCAGUCUUGGCUUUUCUAGAACCACACGGUGAAGCCUUUCUUUCUCACACACGACAGAAAAGGAAUGUUCUUUUGGACCCUGGGAUUUACACAGCAAGCAUUUUAAUAAAUACAUCAAAUGCAGAAAACUAUGAGCAGCUCCUAUCAAACCUGAAUGCUACCAGCUUUCCUCUGGAAAUUGAUAACGUCACAGAGAUCCAAGAUAUUACUGUCACUACAGUUUGUGUCUCCACUGAUGCUGGCUUCCAAUGUGAGUGUGAAGAGCAGUUUGCUUGGCCCUACAGGACCUGCAUCUCAUAUGGAGCGUGUGACUCUAUAUCAGGUGGUAUCUGUACAUGCAUCAAAGGAUUCCCAGCUGAUGGCUCAUCCUGUCAGCUAAUAUCAGAGUUGCUUGUUCAGACUGAAUAUGAAGUUGAUUUGGAGCUGAAUGUAACAGAUGUUGCAACAGUGGAUUUCCUCAGAAUUCUUCUGAACAAUGGGAGCGCUUUUACUACAAACGCUGUAGUGAAUGUCACACAGAUUGCCUUCACUACAGUUUGCUCUCCAAACGGCGGUGGUUACCAGUGCAGAUGUGAGGAUCAGUAUCGUUGGUCAUGUGACCAGUGUCAAACAUAUGGAUCAUGUGACAACAUAACUGGAGACACUUGUGGAUGCAUUAAUGGCAUUCCUGCUGAUGGACAGUACUGCCAGUCUCUGGAUCAAUACAACUUUACAAAUUGCUCAGAUACCACAACAGCACCCCCACCAUUUGUUUAUCUCUAUUUUCUUCAUGUUGAGCUGAACAGUACAGAUGUUGCAGCUGUUAGAGAACUGAGGAAAAUCAGCUACCCCAUCAGCAUCAACAGCUACAUAGAGAUCUCUGAUGUUAACAUCUCUACCGAAGUUGUGAAGAAGAUCUCAGUUUGA